AUGGCAGCAUCUAACGACAGCCAAGGCAGCCAGCGAUGGGCCUACUUUCAGGACGCAUUGGAGCUCGCCAUACAGCGCGUUUCGCAUAAGUGGACUUACGAAGACUUCCAAGCAUGUUUUCCCCUAUUGUGCGAGGAGCAGCCGGUACGCGCGAGGGAAGUUUACAACGACGUCUCCAAGUAUAUGGAAACCAUCGUUUCCAGGAACUCGAAAGACGUCCUGGCCAAGUACAACUUGAAGGAUAACUUGGACGAGCUACAUGCCAUCAUUACCGAAGCGCGCGCACGUCGCAAGGCACGAGAAGCAGGCACACUGACGGAUGACGAUGAGAAAGAUGUGUGGCGGCCAGAUCUUCCACCGAGAACCGCGACCGUAGCCAGGGUGGUGCCAUUAUUAGAAAGGGAGAAGGAGCGAAUGUUAAAGGAGCUUGCGGAGAUGGAAGAAGGCAACCUUGCGCUACAAGCCGAGCUACAGGCCAACGUAACAGAAUUGGAGAAGACGGACGACGACGUCAAUGAGCUCCUUGCUGCAUACGAUGAGGCAUGCGCACGAUGGAAGGCCGUACCCGCAGAUGAUAUCGCAUCCGCGACGGAAGACAUGGUGCUGGAUCUCUCUCGGGCAGACGUCAUCCACUGA